GAGCGAUAGUCCUGAGGGAAGCAGACGCUGAGCUCCGAGAGAGACGAGAGAGGAUGGAAGAGAGAAAAUGGCAAUGACGGUUUGUAGGGCAGACAUUUGCUAAGAGGUGGGAAGUGAAGGAAAGACAGACAUAGGCAAGAGAAAAACAGUAAAAGAAAGUGAGGACAAAUAGAAGGAAAACGGGAGGUGAGAAGAAGUAAAGAGAAGAGGCAAAAAGGAAAGUCACAGGGGGAGAAAGAGAGCAACAGAAGCAACGAUAGUUGACCUGUCACCAUGACAACAGAAGCAGGCUCUGAGACGGAGGUGAAGGAGAAAGCCGAGGAGUCAGCCGCUCAGCCGGACCAAUCGGAGAAGGCAAAGGAAGAAACCCAGGAAGUACCCAACGCUGAGGGAGAGGAGAAGGAGAAAGAGAAGGAGAAAGAGGGAAAAGGAAUAGCUCGAUACCUGCCAACAUGGCUUAAGAAGCAGAAGUCUCAGAGCCAGACGUCUCCGACCAAGGAGGUCCCACCCACAGAGGAAGCGGUUAGCAAGGUGACCCAGGAAGAGGACGGGCCUGCCCCAGAACUCAACGGUCACGCAGAGGAAGAGGAGGAAGGGAAAGAGGCAGUAAAGUCAGAGCAAGUGAAGGACAAAGAAGCAGAAUCUCAUUCCACCGCCAGCGCAGACACUGAGCCUGCCAAGGAGGAGAAGCUGGAAGAGAGCGCUGAGAAAGUUCCAGACGAGACCACGGGGACAACAGAGGGAGAGGGGGCAGAGGAGCAGAAGAAGGAGAAAGAAGGAGAGGAGGAGGAGGAGGAAGGAGGAGGAGGAGGAGGUGGAGGAGGAGAAGAAGGCCACACCUCAAUUUUCCAGUCUCCUCUUCGUCUGGUGAGGAAGACCAAGAUGAAGCUGAUGGCGUGUCACGUGGCCCUCCUGGACGGGACCGACUUCAACUGCGAAGUGGAGAAACGUGCCAAGGGCCAGUACCUGUUCUUUAAGGUGUGUGAGCACCUUAACCUGAUGGAGAAGGACUACUUUGGACUCUCGUACACAGACAGCCACGAACAGAAGUGUUGGUUGGAUCCCACGAAGGAAAUCAAGAGACAGAUACGCAGUAACAACUGGCAGUUUGUAUUCAACGUCAAGUUCUACCCUCCUGACCCCUCACUGCUCACUGAAGACAUCACCAGGUACCUGUUGUGUCUGCAGCUCCGUGAAGAUGUGGCUUCGGGUCGACUGCCUUGCUCUUUUGUCACUCACGCUCUGCUGGGGUCAUACACGUUGCAGGCUGAAGUUGGGGACUAUGAACCCGACCAGCCUCGGCCUCUGGACAACGUCAGUCAGCUGACCUUUGCGCCCAAUCAGAGCAAAGAGAUGGAGGAGAAAAUUCUUGAACUCCACAAGUCUCACAGGGGAAUGACACCAGCACAGGCCGACGCACAGUUUCUAGAAAAUGCCAAGAAACUGUCCAUGUACGGGGUGGACCUGCACCAUGCUAAGGACUCUGAGGGUGUGGACAUCAUGCUAGGUGUGUGCGCCAACGGACUCCUGGUUUACAAAGACAGGCUCCGGAUAAAUCGUUUCGCUUGGCCCAAAAUACUCAAGAUUUCAUACAAGAGGAACAACUUCUACAUUAAGAUCAGGCCAGGAGAGACGGAGCAGUUUGAGAGCACGGUGGGAUUCAAACUCCAGAAUCAUCGAUCUGCCAAAAGGCUGUGGAAAGUCUGUGUGGAGAAUCACAGUUUCUUCAGGUUAAAUGCUCCAGAACCUCCCGCCAAGGCCCGCUUCUUGACUCUGGGCUCCAAGUUCCGUUACAGCGGGCGAACCCAGGCACAGACCCGCGUGGCCAGCUCCCUCAUAGACCGACCUGCACCCAACUUUGAACGCACCUCAUCCAAACGUAUCAGCCGCAGUCUGGAUGGAGCACCAGUGAUCAACAUAACUGAAGCCUCAUCUGAGAACGGACGUGAGCCCCACCUGGAGCUCCACUCUGACUCUAAGGUUAAGGAGGUGGACUUGAGCCCUAGUGAUGCGGAAGCCACGCCCACCCAGUCACUUGGAGCCAGUGAGCUCGCCCUCUCUCAGGACCAUGAUAAGACCCAGGAAGACGUUCUGAAACACCAAGCUAGCAUUAGCCAGCUAAAACGCUCCUUUAUGGAGGCGCCACCUCCCUCUCCUCCUCAGCCCAACCAGUGGGAGAAACGUCUCACCUCCUCUCCCGCUACAACGAUACGUAUUCAACAGCAACAGCAUGUGAGCCUUGAAGAGGAGAUAGCUUCUGUACUUUUCAGUAGAGGCUCUGGCUUUUGUUCAGCCCUUUCUGCCUGCAGUAUUCCUGAUCCAACUCUAGAUGCUGAUAUAACCACUUCUACUACUUCCACUGCUGUCUGCAGUAGCGCUGCUCUGCAUGGGCUUCCUAUUUCCCCAACUGCUCCACUCUCUGCCACCGAGGAGAGUGCGCCCCGAGCGGAAGCAGCUGCUGCCGAUAACACGAUGUCUGAUACCAAAGAGCCUGCAAAGACAACCGAAGUUGAAAUUGAGGAAACCGUUGUCGUCCAAGAGGUUUCCAUAGCACCCAAACCUGGGCUUGUCGCGGUUACGACCAGCUCCCCUGCUGGCCCGCCUGCAGAGCAGGAAACAAGAGAGCAGGAAGUGACAGUCGAAGAGGAAGUAGCGGUAGCGGAGGAAGCAAAAGUGUCGAAGCAGGAGAGCGUUUCAUCUGAGAGCGAGAGUGAAGAGGAAGCGGAGUACCAUCCAAAUGUCUCCGUGUCCAUCUGCCACACACAAAUACCAGAGGAGAAGGAAGAGGAGGAAGAGCAGGAGGAGGAAGCGGAUGAUAAGACGGCAGCGGAGCAGGGCAUGUCGGCUCCAGACGCUCCUUCCCUUCCAGCAGAAGUCAGCCAAGCUGUGGAGGCAACCGGUCAAGAGGUAGAGGAGGACGCAGGGGCAGAGAAAAGGAAGAAUGCGGAGGAGGAGAAAGAAGCUGAGAGGGAGAUGGAGGAAAGCGCCGAUGAUCCAAUGAUGACACCUGAGGAAGCUCCUAACGGGCACGCCCUGCCUGAGGAGAGCGCCACCGGAAUGGUCGCCCCUGCGGAGGAAGAGGAAGAGCCUAAAAUGAACGGAGAAGCCUCACUGGCUGAAGCAGAACCCCGGCCACAGGUUAUUUGUUGCUCUGAGCCACCUGUGGUAAAGACAGAAAUGGUGACUAUAUCAGACACGUUUGCAGCCCAGAAAACUGAGAUAGCUACAAAAGAAGUGCCCAUCGUACAUACGGAAACCAAGACCAUCACAUACGAAGCCGCACAGUUGGAUGGUAAUGGCGAUGGCGAGCCUGGAGUGUUGAUGACCGCUCAGACAAUCACCUCUGAAUCUCUGUGUACUACUACAACCACACACAUUACCAAGAUGUUAAAGGGCGGCCUAUCUGAGACAAGGAUCGAGAAACGCAUCGUCAUUACUGGUGACUGUGACAUCGACCACGACCAGGCACUGGCCCAGGCCAUUAAGGAGGCCAAAGAGCAACAUCCUGACAUGUCUGUUACCAGAGUGGUGGUUCAUAAAGAAACUGAACUGGCUGAGGAGGAGGAUUGACUGAACUCAGAGUUGAAGGGCCCAUCGUGACGGUUUUCUCUGUUGACGUCGAACGACCUCCAUCACCCUACAACAACCAACCUUUACUGACUGAAGAGGAAGAGAAGAAGAGCUGAAAAACAGAAGGCGAAAGAGGCUAGACAAACGGGGAGAAGUUGCCAAUCUCUUCCCAGUCGGUCUUUCUUACAUGUCUGUGAUGCAUCUAAAUCCGUCACUCCAAAACCAAGACAAAAAAAAAAAAUAACAUCCUCACUUUUCCCAAGGGAAUGAAAAAGAACCACUUUGUUAGCUUAACAUUUGUAGCGUGUUUUUAUUUCUUAUUUCUUAAUAGUGUUUUUAUUUUUAUUUUUUAACUGUUUUACAAAAAGAGAGCUAGUGUGUCUGUCAUGUAUUGCAAACUUAAAAGCUGCAGGGAUGCACCGAUCCAACCAAUCCUGAUGAGAUACAAGGCUGAAAAAAUGAUUAGUGUAUCAUUGUACGGAUUAUUUCACCAGUAACGGUGGCCGUUCAAUAACUUAUUCACUCACUCAAAAGUCAAAGCAAAUGGAGCUUUUUUCAUAGAUUAAAAUUUUUUUUUUUUAAAUGCUUGCAAUCUCAAAUAGAGAACUAUUUUAUCUUCCAUCAUUCCUGUUAAAAAGUAAUUAAUUUGAUGUUAAAGUGUUGUACUUUUUCUGUUUUGUAUCUGCAGUGGAAAGUAGUAUUGGUGCAUUCCUUAAAACAAAAGAAAAGUAAUUUGUUAAAUUACAGCUCCCUUCCUCAUUUCAUUAUGGUGUAAAUGGAGAGUAACACAAUGUAUCAGUCAUUUCAAAAUGUUUACAGUGACAAGUAGGACUUUUUAAUUUUUUUUAUUUUAAGUUUUUUCAAAGCGUAACAAAAUCCAACCAUAAAACCCCAUUCACAGCCGGAUGAAUGGUAGAACCAGCUGUGUCACAUUAUCCCAUUUUGUUACUAACAAUUACAGAAAACUGGGAGCUGUAACUUAAAGUAUUGCAGUUAAAAAAAAAAAUCAACCAGGUUUUUGAAUUUAUGAUGAUCUCUCUCUUUUUUUUUUUUUUUCUGUAAGUAUAGUUAUCAUUCAUCCACAUUCCUUGUGCGUUGACUAGUGGCUGAGUGAGUUCAUUUUCAGUUCAUUUCACUUUUUACUCAACUCUAAAAAAAGAGGACAUUGCUCAUUAACAGGGGGGAAUGAAAGGAAUCUUAAUUGGGUCAGUUAAUUAAGCUCGAGAAGCCAAAUGAUGCAGGUGGAAUGAAUUCUUUGUGAUAUAUUUGUAAGUUUUACUGUAUUUUAGAAUUUCGUUUUUUUACGAAAUGGACUGAAAAUGAACUGACUUUAAAGCUGGUGCAUACAACUUUUUGUACAGUUAAAAAUUAAGGUUAUUAGAUGGGAGCAGUAAUGCAGCUUUUCACUAGCUAAACGCUGUCCCUGGGCCCGCCCACUGUACGACACUAGCCAUUCCUGUUGGGCCACAGGGGAAGCAAGGGAGCAGUAAACUGACUUUUGAUUGGGAGAGAGGACCAGUAAACUGAAGGACAAAUGGGAGAUACAGUAGGGGUGGCGCUGUCUGUGUAGUGCCAACUAACCUACAACUCGGGAGCGAAAAAGAAUUGGAUGCGUAUCGGCAAGUUUCACUCAUGGUGUUCUCUACCCUGAAGUGAGUUAAAGCUGUUUUUAAUAUUCUUCGGACAAUGCUUAAAACGCAACCUGCGAUUCAAGCACAGGUACCAAAAUGAGGUCAUACAGUUGGAACAACUUGAAAAAACAGUCCCAAAUUCAGAAUGAUGGAAUUUCUACCAGUUUGCUAACCCUGCAUCAGAGUUUGUCGUCAUAGUUCAGCACUUAAUUUCACUCCGACGCUUCUUUUCCUACCGGAUUAGAUAAUGCCAACAAACCUUGCUAGAUAUAAUGAGAUCAAUUCAGCAGGUCUUCGCGCAUUUCUAUCUUGCAGGAGUAUCCUGAGCAAGUCUAGAUAGAAGGCUACUGUGUUGAUUGCUUUGAGAGUGCGUAGAUAACCGAUUAUCUCGGCUCAUACGGCGCAUCUAGAUGAGAUUAUCAUACACCUGACGCCGGCUGUGUUGUAACUGUUUCACCACAACCAAAUAUUCUUCAGCAUUGAAGUGAUUUUUUUUUUUUAAUACAUUUUUGAACCCGUUUUCAAAAUGACAUUCAGUCGUAUUCUACAUUUUUCUACCACAUACACUCUGAAUCUGCCAGUACACUACAAACAACUCACGGAAACAGUUACAUGACAGUAAAAAUGCAGCUUAAAGGGAAGUGUAUCCGAGGGUUUGAAGUGCUCUUGAAACCCCUAAAUGGAAUCUUGUGAUUUUUUUUAAUUCAUUUUUUGGUGUCCUUUUACCCAAAUCUUCCACAAAAAUGUGAUUUUGUGUAAAUAUGGGUGACAUUAAAUGGGUUGGAAUAAGGUGCUUGGUCUUAACGCAUUUAGUCGACACAGAUUUUCAGCGUGAGCUGCGAAAAACAAACACAUUCUCCUGAAAUGUAACUGAUUGUAAGCAAAGAAGUGCCACAGAUUAAUAUGAAAACAUUCCACCUGUACCUGCCUAGAUUUGUCUUGACGCCUCCAGCCUGCCAGGACAGAGAGGCAUUUUGACAUGGAGUCAUUUUUCUAAAUGAAGAAAUAUUAACACAACAUUCCCCACAUUUGAAAUAGUAUGCACCUCCUAAUUUAAGCCCAGUUUCUUUCUGGACUGAGGCAUGUCCAGACGAUGGAGUGGUUUUGACUGUGUAGGCUUUCUAUUGGUCACACUGGCCUAGCCUCCACUAUGCAGUUGAAUGACAUUCCAGAUGAGGGGGAAGCUUUAACCUCGAACCCUCUUGCAAAGAGACAAAGCAGCAGAAAAACAUUAACCAUGCAACACUAGGCAGCUUUGGAAGCUUUUGCUGUUCCAAAAAAAAUCAAAAACAAAAAAAAGCAUUGGUUAUAUCACAACAACUACAUUUGUAGGUGUUCUCAUUUGUUGUCUUUUCUCUGUGAAGCUGAUGUAAUUGUUGAAAGGUGGGAUUUAUUGUGCGCCUUCUUGGACAUUUUUAAUAUUGUCCCAGUUUUGACAUUGAAGGAUAACCACUACAAAUCCAAUUUUCUGCCACCAUUUCUUUUUUCUUUUCUUUUUUUUUUGUGGUACUUUUAGCUCCAGGUUUAAACUCAUUUUCGAAGGUCUGGGCUCUGUUUUAACCAAUGACGGGGGCUUUGGGGGCUGCGAGGUCUGGUUUUUCAAAAUGUUGGCAGUGCGGAGUUUUAUUUGUUAAUCAAAAAAUACUACUACAAAUGAGUGUCUUGCCAUCAGUCACUUUUAUUAAAGAUAGAAAACAGCACAGACAGACCGUUGAAAGUUUUCAGUGACUACCGUGGCAACUCCAUAAUGUCACUCCAAGCAACUGAUGACGAUUCUGAGCCAGCUGACGUUAAACCUGUCAGGGAUCUCAACAUGCUGACAUUAUGGAGGCCAGUGUUACGUGGA